GUCGCAAUCGCAAUCGCAAUCCCCACCACGCGGGAUCAAUCGGAGCAGAGCAAAGCAGAGCCGCGCGGACAGACAGAUCGAGCACGAGCCAUGGCGGCGACGGCGGCGAACCGGCGCGUGAUCCUCAAGGACUACGUGGAGGGGUACCCCCGGGAGGAGCACAUGGAGGUGCUCCCUGGCGCCGAGGUGCCCCUCCGCCUCGCCGGCGACGACCCGCCCGGGUCCGUCCUCGUCCGCAACCUCUACCUCUCCUGCGACCCCUACAUGCGGCCCAAGAUGUCGCGCCCGCUGCGGGAGUCCUACACGGCCGCCUUCACCCCGGGCUCCGUCAUCACGGGCUACGGCGUCGCCCGCGUGCUCGACUCCUCCGACCCGCGCCUCGCGCCCGGGGACCUCGUAUGGGGCAUCACCGGCUGGGAGGACUACAGCGUCGUCAAGCCCCCCGCCACCGCCUUCCUCGCCAAGAUCUCCCACGGCGGCGAGGGCGGGGGCGUCCCGCUGUCCUACUACACCGGCAUCCUCGGCAUGCCGGGCCUCACCGCCUACGUGGGGUUCCACGAGAUCUGCGCGCCGAAGAAGGGCGAGACCGUCUUCGUCUCCGCGGCCUCCGGCGCCGUGGGCCAGCUGGUGGGCCAGUUCGCGCGGCUCGCCGGGUGCCACGUCGUCGGCAGCGCGGGGUCUAAGGAGAAGGUGGAGCUCCUCAAGACGAAAUUCGGGUUCCACGACGCCUUCAACUACAAGGAGGAGGCCGACCUCGCCGCCGCGCUCAAGCGGUGCUUCCCGGAGGGCAUCGACAUCUACUUUGAGAACGUGGGCGGCGCCAUGCUCGACGCCGUGCUGCUCAACAUGCGCGUCCACGGCCGCAUCGCCGUCUGCGGGUUCAUCUCGCAGUACAACCUGAGGGAAGGGGAGAAGGACGCCGUGCGCAACCUCUCCGCCGUCAUCGGCAAGCGGCUCCGGAUGCAGGGGUUCAUCGAGCCCGACCACAAGCACCUGUACCCGCAGUACGAGGCGUGGGUGCUGCCAUACAUCAGGGACGGCACCAUCGCCUACGUCGAGGACGUCGCCGAGGGCCUCGAGAGCGCGCCCAAGGCGCUCAUCGGCCUCUUCCACGGCCGCAACGUCGGCAAGCAGCUCGUCCGCAUCGCCGACGACGAAUGAUCCGGCUGAAAACCGGCGCCUGAAUUGGAUCCUUAGAUCGAUGUACCACUACCCAGUUCCAGUUUUUGUUGUUCAUGAUGAAUAAAUUGUGCAGUCGAUGCUGGUUUCAGAAUUGUGGCUGCCUUUGAGCAAGCGGCCGAUUUGGGGAAGAUAAUUGCAGGGAACGAUGGAAAUUCUGGCA